AUGGAUCCAGAGCUGACAGCGGUAAAAAUUUGUUUACAGUCAGGUCAAUGGGAUUCUGCCGAAGCAAAACAAUACGCACCUUUUCAGUCCUAUUUAUGUGUAAUUGAUGAUUCACUUGUCCGAGGAAACAAACUUGUUAUUCCAAAUGCUCUUAGGCAACGUAUGCUUACCUUAGCACAUGAGGGCCAUCCGGGAGAAACUAACAUGAAGAAACGAUUGCGUGAUAGAGUCUGGUGGCCAGGUAUUGAUAAGGAUGCAGAAAAGUUUGUAAAACAGUGUGAAGGUUUUCGCUUAGUGGGAUUACCAUCUCGACCGCUACCAACGCAAAGGAGGGUAUUUCCAACAAUGCCCUGGUGUCAUAUUGCUAUUGAUUUCUUAGGACCGUUGCCAAGCAGUGAGUGGAUAUUAGCUAUUAUUGACUACUAA